AUGAGCUCGUACUUUGUAAACUCCUUCUCGGGGCGUUAUCCAAAUGGCCCGGACUAUCAGUUGCUAAAUUAUGGCAGUGGCAGCUCUCUGAGCGGCUCUUACAGGGAUCCCGCUGCCAUGCACACCGGCUCUUACGGCUACAAUUACAAUGGGAUGGACCUCAGCGUCAACCGCUCCUCGGCCUCCUCCAGCCACUUUGGGGCGGUGGGCGAGAGCUCGCGCGCCUUCCCUGCGCCCGCCCAGGAGCCCCGCUUCAGGCAAGCGGCGUCGAGCUGCUCCCUGUCCUCGCCCGAGUCCUUGCCCUGCACCAACGGCGACAGCCACGGCGCCAAGCCCUCUGCUUCGUCCCCCUCCGACCAGGCGACCCCGGCCAGCUCCAGCGCCAAUUUCACCGAAAUAGACGAGGCCAGCGCGUCCUCGGAGCCUGAGGAAGCGGCGAGCCAGCUAAGCAGCCCAAGCCUAGCUCGGGCGCAGCCAGAGCCCAUGGCCACCUCCACAGCCGCGCCCGAGGGGCAGACUCCGCAGAUAUUCCCCUGGAUGAGGAAGCUUCACAUCAGCCAUGACAUGACCGGGCCGGACGGGAAAAGGGCCCGAACCGCGUACACCCGCUACCAGACCCUGGAGCUGGAAAAGGAGUUCCACUUCAACCGCUACCUGACGCGGCGGCGGCGCAUCGAGAUCGCCCACGCGCUCUGCCUGUCCGAGCGCCAGAUCAAGAUCUGGUUCCAGAACCGGCGCAUGAAGUGGAAGAAAGACAACAAACUGAAAAGUAUGAGCCUGGCUACAGCCGGCAGCGCCUUCCAGCCCUGA